AAGUUUUCUCUCCAGAUGUAUUAAAGGCCCCCAACACACAGACAGACACCAGUCUACCAGGUUUGGCUAAAGCCUCACAAUGAGAAUGUUGAUGGUAUCAGCUCUGUUUAUUCACUGCUUCCUGCAGCUAACUGCUGGAAUGCGUGUGGGUGAUUUCACGCAAGGGUUCAAAAAAGUAAAAAGGGACGUAGGAGACCCACCACAUAUUGACUGUAAAAUGACUGCUUGGUCUAAUUGGGUGCCCUGUGACCCUUGCACUAGAAAAACGCAUCGUUCCAGGGGCAUUGAAUCAUUUGGGCAGUUUGGAGGCCAAAGAUGUAUUGAACCGAUUGGAGAAGAACAACUCUGUACACCAGCGACUGAAUGUGUAGAAGAUCCACCACCUGUCUGCUCCUCUAAUGAGUUUGUCUGCAAAUCAGGCCUUUGUAUUAAAAGUCGUCUGGUGUGCAAUGGGGACAGUGACUGCGAUGAUGCAUCUGAUGAGGAUGACUGUGAAAAGAUGCGUUCUCCAUGUGGCAAUAUCGCAGUGACUGAGUCAGACAUCGGUCUGGCUGCUGGAUAUGGCAUAAACAUUCUAGGUUCAGGGCCUCGCAGUAACCCAUUUAAUAACAAAAUAUAUAAUGGAGUCUGUGAGCGUGUCAAGGACCCAUCCACACUGAGUUACCACAGACUGCCCUGGAAUGUUGCUGUCCUUAACUAUGAGACAUUGGUAGAAGAAACCUCUUCAAAAGAAGUCUACAAAGACACUUACAGUUUGGUGCGGGAAAUCACAGAGGAUGUUACCAGCAAAACAACUUUAGGAUUAUCCCUCAAGUAUACACCUACUGAAUCAUCUUCUACUGAAUCAUCAGCUAAGUCGAAAGGCCCAUCUCUUACGAGUGCCUCAGGUGAAUUAAAUGCUGAGUUUGAAAAGAGAGAAAUGCUCAAAACUAUUACAGAGCACAGCACGACUUCAGAAAAGUCCUUCUUCAGGAUAAAGGGCAAAGUUCAACUAGGCACAUAUAGACUGAGGUCCAGAGGUCUGGAAGUCUCUGAGAAUUUCUUAAAUGCCAUAGAUGCAUUGCCUUUAGAAUAUGAGAAGGGACAGUAUUUUGGCUUCCUAGAGGAUUUUGGAACUCAUUACACCAAGAAUGGAAGAGCAGGAGGAGAAUAUGAACUUGUAUAUGUUCUUAAUAGAAAAGAAAUCAAAGACUCAAAGAAGACAGAAAGUUUGCUGAGGGAUUGUUUGAAACUUGGGAUUAAUGCGGAUUUCCAGACCAGUGGAUUUUCAGUUCAGCCAAAGUUCGCCCCAGAAAAGUGUAAAGAGCUAAAAAAUGAUACCACAGUGGGAAAAACAAGUGAGCCAUUGAUUGAUAAAGUGAUCAGUGCAGUGAAGGGAGGCACCACAAAAUCAGCAGCAGCCAUGAAGUCUCAACUCAGUAAAGAUGGAGUGCUAGACUGGCAACAUUAUGUGGAGUGGGCAAGGACACUUGCAGACUGGCCUGCACUCAUUCACAGUGAUCCUGAGCCCAUCUACAAUGCAAUCCCACUGACCUUCCCUGAUGCCCAGCAAAGGAGGGAGAACUUGCAGAGGGCCUUGAAAGAAUACAUGGCAGAAUACAGUGUGUGCAAAUGUGAGCCUUGCCAGAACGGUGGAACCGUGGCUCAGAUAGAUGGCAAAUGCAUAUGCCUGUGCCCAUUGCACUUCGAAGGUCUUGCCUGUCAGACAAUUCGUCAUGAUCUAAUUAAAACUAAAGACCAGCCUGUAGAACAUCUUGGGAAUUGGGGUUGCUGGUCUUCCUGGUCUAGCUGCAUUGGAGGACGCCAGACCCGUACUAGAUCCUGCAAAACAGGUGGGAUUGCAAAAGCUACCUGCAAAGGAGACACAGUCAGUGAGGAAUAUUGUUAGCACUGUUUACUGUCUCUCUCUCUGUCCAAAACAUUUCAUGAAAAUUAUACAUUUCAGUAGGGAAGAAAUUAAAUAAAGAUUUGCUAAAA